CUAUAGCAUAGUGGAGUAAUGUUUUGAAAAGUUGUGAAAAGAUAAGCAGACAAAGAUGAAGGAUUUACUACUAGAGAAUGGAUAACUUACACAUGGAAUUAUGAGUAAUAUCAAAGUAGCUGUCCGUGUCAGACCUUUAACAAAAAGGGAAAAGGAAAACAAAAGUCGGAUUAUUGUUAAAAUAAAUGGAGAUACAUUGAGCAUCCAGAACGUUAAGCUUGAUGGACAGCUUGCAGAGUAUGGAGACAGCAGGGAGCGGGUCAAACUAUUUACAUUUGACUAUGCCUACUGGUCAGUCAGCCCAACAGACAGCCAUUACGUCUCCCAACCUCAGAUCUUCCAAGAUCUUGGUACCGAGGUGCUGGAGGCGGCAUUUGAAGGCUAUAAUGCCUGUGUGUUUGCUUAUGGUCAGACAGGCACUGGAAAGACUCAUACAAUGAUGGGAUACCCUGGAGAUAUAGGCCUCAUCCCCAGACUCUCCGAGGGUUUGUUUUCCCGCAUGGAUGACAUCACAGAUGAAAGUGUUUCUUACAGGAUAGAUGUCAGUUACUUAGAGCUUUAUAAUGAACGUGUUAGAGAUCUCCUUCCAACUGGUGCUGCCAAAACUUCUCAGAAAUAUACUCUCAAAGUGAGGGAGCAUCCUCAGGAUGGCCCGUAUGUUCAAGACCUGUCACACCACCUGGUGAAGCAGAAUGAAACUAUACAAGAUCUGAUUAGCCAGGGCAAUUAUAACCGUGCCACUGCAGCCACACACAUACAUGACCAUAGCAGUAGAAGCCAUGCCAUAUUUACCAUAAACUUUACUCAGGCUAAAAUUGACACAGAUCUGCCAAGUGAAAUAGUUAGCAAAAUACAUCUAGUAGAUUUAGCAGGAAGUGAGCGGGCAGAUUCAAGCGCUUCAUAUGACAAGGGGCGACUCAAGGAGGGUGCUAAUAUAAAUAAAUCCUUGGUCACCCUAGGUACUGUGAUAAAAUCAUUAGCUGAAAAAUCUCUCUUAUCUUGGAGCAGUGAGACAUCUAUGGGGUCCACUCUUAGUUUACGUAGUACUAGCACAGAUGAACAAAGACCCCCUAGCGUAGUCACAUCUCCUUCAGGGACCCCUCGUAAACAGCGUCAAGUAUUCAUCCCAUAUAGAGAUUCUGUGUUAACGUGGUUACUAAAAGACAGUCUUGGAGGCAAUGCCAAAUCUAUCAUGAUCUCAACUAUAUCUCCAGCCUCAGAACAAUACCGUGAAAGCAUUAGUACACUACGUUAUGCCCAACGUGCCAAGAGUAUCAUCAACCGUCCAACCAUAAAUGAAGACCACAAUAUCACCCUAAUUAAGGAACUGAAAGGGGAGAUUGAACACCUUAAGGCCAUGCUUUCAAGUGUUAAACUGCAAAAAAGUCCACAGACUUGUGACAUGAUUUACCUUGUCCCAAAUCUAGAAAUGAAGUCCAAUAGCUCCGCUGGAGUUCAGGUAAAAAAGGCAGGAUCUGUGAUAUCAUUACAGAGUGACUGUGGCUCUCUGACAGGAUCUAUGAUAGCUGAGAGGCUUGAGGAGAAUGAAGCAAAGGCAAAGGCUUUAACUGAGGGCUGGAUCAACAGAUGGCAGGAAGCACAAGAUGUCAUGCAGGAGUCUAACAUGACAAUAAGAUCUCUGAGACAACGUUCCAGUUCCCUUGGUGUCAUAGUGGACAGUUCGCUUCCUCAUUUGAUAGGCAUGGAUGAUGACAUCCUGAGUACAGGUGUGGUGAUGUAUAACCUGAAGGAGGGGACGACCAGAAUGGGAGGAGGAGAUGCCGUGCAUGAGCCAGAUAUAGUUGUCCAUGGUCCAGAUGUGGAACCCAAACACUGUGUCAUCAAGAAUCAGGAUAAUGAAGUGACAAUAAGACCCUGUCCUGGUGCUUAUCUAGUUGUGAAUGGUGUAGAAGUCACUGAACCAACCAGGCUGAGUCAAGGAGAUGUGAUUCUGAUUGGAAGGACAAACAUGUUCAGAUUCAACAAUCCCCAGGAAGCCUUGAAGUUGCGUGAACAUAGAAUGUCUACUGGGGGUGAUGCUAGGAUGCCAGGGGCAUUAUCACGUUGUAGCUCAGCAAGCUCUAUCAAUACAUUAAACACAUCCAGUGGUAUAGAUAUGGACACACCUGCUUCUCCAACCAACUUUUCUCCUCUCAUGUUCUUCAAUCCAGUUCCAACAGACUCAUGGAUGGAAAUAUGCCUAGAGCUUGAAAGACAGUACAAGACAGAGACCGAGAGGAUUGAACAAGCCAGACGGGAGCUACAGAAACUACAUGAUGAGCAGAGAGAGGCUGAAGAUGCACGCCAAGACAAAGAGGAGGAGAUGUGGCGGAAACAUGAAGAGCACAAGGCUGAGCUGGACAGGCAGAAACGUCACAUGCAAGCCCUCAUGGAGGAGCAUGAACAUGCUAAGGCUGCAAUGGCGCAGGAACUUGAACAAAUGAGAGCGCAAAUUGAAGAAGAGAAACAGAUCAAUGCAGGCUUCAUAGCUGCUCAACUUAGACAGCUUAGUCUCCUCAAGGAUGACACUCGCAACUGGUCCAGCCUAGGUAUACAGACAGAUGGGGACUUCAGUGGUGACGGAGCUUGUGAUGUCAUCAAUGUUAAUGUUGAAUGUGAACCAGUAGAAAGUGAGGUAAUUGAAAAAGAUGCCAUCAGACGGCGGAAAACUAGUGUACAGGGUCAGAAAAAAUCUCUAGUCCAAUUAGAACUCUUGCAUAGACACUCUCAUAAAGAGGCUAUAAGACGGGUAACUCAUCGACAGCGAGAAUGUGAAGAGCGAAUAUCAUCUCAUGGGGAACGAAUCAAAGUCCAGAAACAUAAACUGCAUAAAAUUGAGAAGGAAUACAAAAAGGAGGAUGUGAAGGACUUGGAACAUAUUAGUGCAGAUAUGGAACGAACUCAAAUGUUGCGAAAACGUGAACAACAGUUAGGAUUAUACGUGCGUCAUAAAGCUAAUCAGUUACAAAGACGAGGUAGCCCUGUUGGUAGAUCAGGGAGUUCUGAUACAUCAAGUAACCAUAGUGACCCACGGAGUACCUCAGUCUCACCUGAUAGGGCAUCAUCAUUAGGAAGUGGUCCCAAACCUAAACAUAAUGCUUCCCCCCUAUUAAAAACUACCACUACUACAACUGUUACAUUUUCAAGGAAAAAUUCUCAGGAUCCUUCUAAAUCAAACACAAGUGGUGCUGCUAAACAUAAAGACCAAUACCCAUCUCCCCAGCCCUCUCCUAAAAAUAAGAUUCCCAAGCAUGCACAGGACAUUACAAGUAGACUCUAUCAAGCUCCGGCUGGUAAACCUAAGUUUCAGUAUCUCAGAUCUAAACGUGAUGUACAUAUUAGUGAUGCUACCACACGUGAAGAUGUUGCACCUGUGAAGCUACUUAAAGGUGCUACUAUUCCAUUAGAGCGUCCAAAGUCCUACCCAAGUCCCAGGAUAAUGGCGGGGCCCCAGUCUAGGUGUAAGAGUGUAUCUGUAGCUGGGAGAGGAAGAGCACGAUCAAGACUCAACACUUCACCAGGUAGCUCUCCUGUUGGAAGUCCUCAGAGGUUAAUUCAACAGCAUAACACUAGUAGCCUGACCAGUGUCCCCGAAUCAGUUGAACACCUUUUGGAGCAGGAUUAUUUAUAUGAAGAGGGAGAUUCCUCAGAUGGCUCCUACCUUAUGGAUCACCAAAAUAGGAGUGAAAGCAUGACAGAAUUCUUGGACCUUGAGGCUAGUAUGGAUACUACUAACCCUCUAGACUCAAGCUCUCCUGAGUUAAAACACUUACAUGAAAGCACUGAUGGGUCUUCACCAAUUGGUGAUGAUGAUGAUGAUGUAGAUAUGUUAGUUGCUAGUGCCCCAGCUGCAUUGACUUCCAAUGUUGUUAGACUAAAGCGCUCACAAAGUGACCCAUUUGAAAUUAAAAAACAAGCCCAAAAUGAAAAAUCCGAAUAUGCUUCCAUUCCAGCAAAAUCUCAAUUAUCGACAACACAGCCACAUAUUCAAUCAAAGGUGGAUUCUGAUAAGCCAAAUAAGCAAUCUGAUAAUUCUGAACACUCUAAAUGUGAACAGCAUUCCAAAAGUGACAAUGAAAUGAUCCCAUCAACUGCUCCUUCCCGUGAUACUAAGCCCAAUGGUGAAAGUGAAGCAAUGGAUAUUGAAUCUGAUGAUAACAUUCUUAGUAGUAGCGAUAACAUAAUAAAGAGUAAUCAGGGUGCCAAGUUUUUUGUUGGGUCUAGCUCUGAGGAACCCGAGUUAACUGAGCUUGAAGGUGCUGAAGAUAAUGAUGAGCUUAUGGACUCAGAUGCAUUUGACUCUGGACUGGUAACAUUAGGGAGCCAGGAGCUACUGGAGCAAUAUGCACAAGCUUUAGACAGACUUGGUUCAACCAGUGAACUCAACACAAGUGGAGAAUUAGGAAUUAGUCAACAGGCUUCUAUAGAACCCCAGUUAGGGUCCUCCAAGCAUGGCUUUAAUAACAAUGAAUCCUUUGAUGAUAAUAAUGAUAAAGAAUUGCCUGAUAUGAAAUUGUCAAGAUUAUCUGAUACUCAUUCUAUAAGUGAUAUUACAGCUCCUGAAUCUGAAGCAAUCCCUGUGAAAAACAAUGAACCACAACAUGAAAUAAAGGACCAAUAUGACAAUAUUAUAAGCAAUACUAGUCAAAAGUCUACCUCACAAAUUAAACCCCAUGGUUCAAGUAGGAAUUCUAAUAUUUUUGUCUCUGAAACUGCUACAUUUAAAAAGAGACCUUCAACAGACACUUAUAAGUUGGGUGAAAUCAAGACCGUCAAAAAACCCUCAAGUUAUGGCAGUACUAAAACUAAAAUUGGUGUCAACAAAUAUAAAGUAGGUGACAAUAAAGCUAAAACAAGUGACCAAACCAAGGUUAGUGAGACCAAACUGAAAACUAGAGAAAGUAAAGUGACUUCUUAUAAAACUAAAUCUAAAAUGGUAAUCACAAGAGCUCAGAACACCACAGAUCUCAAAGGUUCAAACAAACAGGUCUCUCAACCAGUGGUUGGCUCUAAAAGAAAGAAUACUUCUGAUCCAAGCCCUCAACAUACACAGGCUGCCAAGAUAAAAUCUCAUCCUCCUAAUAGUGAUAUUCUUCCAACUGACUCUAGUAGCAAACCUAAAGUGACUAAAAAGACACUUAAAGAUGUAAAAUCUGGAUUUAUAAGACCUAAGAAGUGUAAUCUUAAAGGGGCUGACAUUCCUGUUGAAGUAUAUGUGCCAGCUGGAUAUCUAGCAGAAAAUCAAUCUCUUGAAAGAGUGUCCACUUCAAGACACAGCUCCGACAGUGAUGCAUCGUUUGUACGAGCUACUGAGAAUACAAGGACAAUGUUCAAUGAAUCUUUAGAAGAUUUUGACAAUGUCGAAGUUAAGGUGAGAUCCCGGUUGAGAGAAGCAAAGGUUGAGGCACGUGAGAAAAAGAAGCAAGAAGAACAAGCAAGGCCUAUGAAGAAGGGUACCAGAGGUAAAGUAGGGAAAAAGAGUAAACAACCUCUGGAACAAUAUCUGAUCAUCCAUGCACUCCCUGAUGGCAGGAAGCAAACUAUUGAUGAACAAUGGCCGAAAGAAGGCACAGUAUCACCCACUCCCCUAUCUGCUUCUUCCUUAGUUUUGGAAAAAUCUCAGAGCAUUCACUUAGAUCUUGAUGACUUGAGUAAUCAAUUGUCUGACACACAGAACAUUUGCUUAGAACUAGACAAUCCAAAUACACAAGUAUCUGAUGCAUUAAGUGAAGACUCUUUAAAUUCUCCCAAACAUGAAGUAAAGGACCCUAAAUCUGCAGGCAGCUUACAGUGUGAAUCAUCACGACUGACUUCAUCUUCACCUGGAAAGGCAUUGUACCAUGGAAUAUCUGUUGAUAGCUUGGAUCAUGGUGCAUCAUCACCCCUAGGGGUCAGCUCCCGGCAGGUCCGGGGAAUAUCAGUGGAUAGCCUGGAAAGAGUUUCAGAUUUUGAGGAGAGGGGCAUAGAAGGAAUGUCAGUCGAUAGUUUCAAGGCUGGAUCAGAAGGCUUUGCUGGGUUGUUGUCAAGUAGACAACGUGUUCAACACAAGGGCUCCAUGGAGAGGCUUAAAGAGGAAGAUCCACUGGUUCAAAGCAAUCUUGUUGAGUUUGCUGCAGCAUUGAUGAGUGAAGACCCUGUGGCAAUCAUCACCAAUGACACACAGUUGAAUGACAGGGAGAAGUUACAACUGCUACAAUUCCUUGAGGUCCAACAACUAGCACAAAAGUCUUCUGAUGGUCAACUACAGCUGUCUGCUGCUAGAAAAGCUGCAAGAUUACGUGCCAAGUUACGUCAACAACAGCUGGGUGCAGACUCUGACGCCACCGGGGCCCUCUCGGAUGACUCCCUAGCCUCAGGAAAACAUUCCAAAUCUUCAUCCAGGCCAGGAUCUGGGUCCACACCAGUCAGACGUAGAAGAUCUACAAAACGCAAUCGACAAAAAGUUCAACACCACCGUAAGAAUGACUCUGAGGAUUAUAUCACCUCCGAUAAUGACAGCAUUUAUUCUGAGGAUUCACUCUUUAACGAUGGACUACUAGAUAGUGUGGACCUUAAUGAAGGAUCCCCACAAGUUAAAGUUCUCAAAACAGAAACUGAUCCUCAAUUCCAGAGUCAUGUAUCGGAACAAUUAUCUGGUAUAAGUGAAGCUAUAUCUGCUCUUACUGAUGCCUUGAAUCACAGCAGUCAUAGAAACUCUAGUUUAUCAAGGAAAAAGAAAGGUUCGGGAACUCAAACUUCAUUGGAUGUAUCUUCGGACUCAUCACAGACUGUGAUGUUUAACAUGUCAGAGUCAGCACAAACAGUUUAUGAAGCCUCUUGUACUGGAGAUCUUAACCAAAAUGACACCAUGGAACAUACAGACACUGAUAUUAAGGACACUGAUGUACAAAAAAAUGCCAGUAAAACUAAUCCUGAUAAAGAAAAUCUGGGAUCUGGAAAUAAUACCACAAACAGAACAAAUGGUAAUACAAUUGACACAAGAUUGAGUAUAGAUAAAUCUUAUGUUCAUGGGCCUAACACUGUGUUUGUCAUACCAGAAGAAAAUAGAAGUGAUAAAGCAGAUAUUAGUCAUAGUUGUGAUAAUGAAAAGACAGAUACCCACAUAGUUGAAAAGGACACUCAUAAAGACAGUGAUAAUAGAGAUUUUAAAGGUCAUAUAGUGAGCACAGUCUCUCAACACUUCAAUAGGUCACUGUUAGAGCACCAGUCAGAUAAAUCCUCCAGUGCCAGCAACUCCUUCCUCCAGUUAGCUGAAGUCGACAGGACUAUAGAUACAGUGAAUGAGACAGUUGCUAAGCUUACUUGCUCUACAGCAAUGAAAUCUAACAUGACUGUUGUACAACAUACAGAAACUUCAACUGUAAAGAGAAUUGAUCUUACAUCCAAAUCUGAAGACAUUGAUCCCCAGUAUAGUGAUAAAGAUAAUGAGGAUUUUAUUAAGAGUGAGAUACUAAGUGAUCAAGAACAAUCACCCAAUACAGGCUUGCAAUCAAGUCCACUGCACAGUGAUAGAGAGUGCAGUGAAGGUCAAAGCCCACAUUUCUCAAGCGAUAUUGAGAACAUGGAGAACAGUGUCACAUCCAUCAAUAACAGCCUCAUUGACACCAGGAAACUUGAUUCUCCAUACACAGAUUCUGAUCCUGAGGUGAAAGCUGAGAAAGGUGUAAUUAAGGAUGCAAUGAACACAGCCACUGGCCUAAUGCUGCUCCACAUGACCAGUCCUACCCCUGACACCCCUCAAGGCCUGGCCACUUGUAUAGAAGAAGCUGCAGAUGUGGUGAUUGAUUCAGUCUGUGCUAAGGAUAAAAUUAAAAUAAAUGUACAAAGUCAUAAUACUCCCUCCAGUAACUCAAGUGCCAAUGUAGGAUCUCAAUUAAAGGAAACUGUUAAUAUGCAAAAGGAAUCCGUCCAUGCUUCUAAUGCGAAUACAGACUAUAUACAAUGUGAUGCUAACUAUGUACAAUCAUGUAAUACGAUAUUAACAGUGCCAAACAUAAGUCAAACCCCACUAACCAAUGACUCAUCAACAGUGUUCAAGUUUCCCAGCCCUCAAGUAUCCCCAAGGCACAAACAAAGGCAGCAGAUGGGUAGCACACUAAGUAAAAGCAAAAUGAAGAGCCAAAGUUCACCAGUCUAUGAUAAUGUACAUUCAGAUGCAUCUGAUUAUGAUAAUCAACAUAGGACUGACUCAGAAUCAGGGGGCGAAUCAUAUUAUGAUAACAUCACAAGUGUGAGGACUUUCUCAGUUGACACCUUGCAGAGUGUUGAGUCUCUCUAUGACAACCUUCAACCUGAGAAUCAGAGACUCGCUCACUUCCACCGUGGUCUUGAUGGCUUAAGUUCAUCAUCAGCUGGUGAACUGGCUGGGCUGCAAGGAUGGGGCCAGCAUAACCUAACAAGCAUGUCUGAUAAUACACUUACAGCGGAGGACUCCAUAUCUGUAGCAAGGCAACCUGUUAUGCUCACCAAUGUGCCAUUAGAUGAGGGUACUUUAGUAUCCCCAUCGUAUGAUAAUUCUACAUCAGUACCACCAAGUUUUGUUGAAAGUAGUUCACUACAAACAUCAUCAACCAUUGAGAAAUUUGAGCCAGUAUCUGUUGAACAUGCGAUGUUAGGACAAGUCACUGUUGAAAGUGCCUCUUCCUUGCCACCAUCCAAUAUUGAAAAUACUACAUCCUUACCAUCAUACACAUCUGGUAAAGACAAUGCAACAAUGAACUUGACAGUUGAUCUCCUUGACAACAUUUCUGCAGUCUCCCCUAGUAUUGAUAAUACAACAAUUGGCUCUGAAUCAUUUUCUGCAAGAGGACCCAUGUCUUGCAGCACACCUAUAGAAAUGUUAAAUUCAGAUGAAACAAUUCCAUCAUCAGGUAUUUCUAAUAGUGUAGGUUCAGAUAGAAAUAAAAUAGAUGGUUGUCAACCUGUUGAUGACUCACAUACAAGACAAAACAAGAAACCAAGCCAUAUCCAGCAAUUGUUAGCUGAAAGUAUUAAUGAACUACAAUCAAUAGGAGAAAAUCAAAAUAAUCUAUUUACCUACCAAGAAGUUCCCAUGUAUGGUGUAAAAAGUGGUGAAGUAACAACCACCCAAUGUCCAUCCCUAGGAACUAGCACAGUUGUACAGCAGAAGGCACCAGAGCCUAAUUCAAGCACAAUCAACAAUGGUGGAAAAGAAAAGGCAAAGCACUUGACAAAAUCUAAUUUCUUCCCAAUCAUGUUUGAAGAUCAUGAGAAUAUUAAGCAAAUAUGUCAGAGUGGAAAACAACCAGAUCAGAAUACAGAUCACCCUGAUCACAAUGUAAUACCAAAUGUGGAGGACCAGUACAACCUAGCUCAUCAUAAAUUUAUACAGGACAAAGAUGAGAAAGUAAGUUUGUCAAUGGAUGUUGGAGAUGACAGUGAAAUUACCAUUUUAAUUGAAAAUGGAAUGAUAAAGCAGGAUCCUUCCAAACAGAGUGGUAAAGUUAAUUCAGAAUCAGAUGACAGUAAUAGUUAUACAAAAAUGUCCAUCUGCAAAAUGGGACCAAAUGGUAAUGCUGAAGAUAGCUUGGAUGCUACUGACCAACAUAAGGAGACAAGUAACAUCUCCACUGCUGAUAUUUAUGAUACAAAUGAUGACCAUAUACCUGAAGAAGCAUCUUCCUCUUCAAAUAUUCCUUUUGGUGAUGUUGCAAUGGUAAUUGAAACUCAUGAAGAGUUUGUGCGAACUCCCCAGUUAGCUGUGCGCCAAGUUGUAGUGUCAACUUUACCAAGAACUAGUUCUUGUGAUCAUAUUGCUGAUGUGGAGUUAAAUGACUCUAUGGUUGUUUAUGAAGACCAAAAUACCACACUCCCAAAUGCUACUUCUGAUGUGGUGAAUGGUAUAGACCAUCUUUACAGACUUGAAGGCUCCCAUUCAAGUAGUGAUGACACUGAAAAACUUAUAGCAAACAAUACAGAAGUUAUAGAAAAGUUCAAAUUCAGUAAGCUAACGAUAAAUCCAGGGGCUAAAGAGAGUAUGAGCUCAUUGCCUUUAUCCAUGUCAGUAAAUGACAUCUUGUCUGCAGCUGAGAGCAAUGAUGACAUAGCUGGUGAAGACAUCUUUCAAGAUGAUAACCCUAGUACAGUUGAGGCAACAGUGUCUGAGGCAACAUAUAUAGGGGACUUAGAUUCCAUGGCAACAACAAUAUCCGUUCGCUCAUGUGACAAUGUAAAAUUUCACAAUUCCAAAUCACCAACUGGUGAAGAUGACCUAACUGCAAUGAUAAAUGAAUAUGACAAUAGUAUCCCUUUGACAAGUGACAUGUGUAAAGAGAAACAAGAUAUUAUAUAUGAUAAGGAUAAUGAUAGUGAUCUCAAUAGUGAGCAUUGUAUGGACCCUAGUGUUGAAGUCACUGGCAGAAUAGAGCAAAAAGGUACACAAUUUGCAAUGCAUCCUGUGAAUGCUGAAGCUUCUUCAAAAAGAGCUGCACUAACACCUAUUACAAAAGCACUCAUUAGUCCAUCGGGCUCACCAGCCAUGUCAAGGAGAACAGUGCCAAUAAAACAGCAAAAAGACAUCAAAAUUGAGAGUGGAUUCCAUCCUAUAACAUCCACAUUUACAAGAAAACAGUUGCCUGACCUUCGGGAGAUGCUCGGUGAGAUAGAGUUUGAUGCACAGCAGGAUUAUGAUCAACAGCAACACAAUAAUCUGGCUAGGUCCCACACAUCUAUAAAUUCAAAUGAAACUCAGUAUUCACAAUCAUCUUUAAAUUCUGAAUUAUCUUGGAUUACUAAACCAUUUCCAGAGGCUGCUUUGAGAACAUCAUUCAAUUCUAAGUGCUCAGAUGGGUUGUCUGAAUCAAGUGAGGCAACUAUAGGUCUCAACAGUCUCAAAACAAACUCAUUUAACAAUCUCACAGAUAUUCAGUUUGAAGAUUCAGACAAAGCAUCCAGUGAUGUAAUACUUAUAAAAUUAAAACAGGAUAUUCCAAAAGGUCUGCAACAAACUAACGUUGUAUGCAGUCCAACAAAAUCUACAGAAGCUGCUGAUCUAUCACCAUCAGCAGCUGAUGGAACUUCAGUCAUUGUGGAGCCCUGUUUAAUAUCAAGGGGCUCUCCUAAUGACUUUGCAGAAGUGAUUCCUCCAGAUGGCAAUAGGGCAAUAGCUUCCCCUAUCACAUCACAAGAUGGUCAACAAUCAUGGUCUGUAAAACUAUCAGAGGGCUCCCAGUCAGCCUGUCAUGAACAUGGAAAAAUUGAACAUAAUGAAUAUGCUGCAAAGGAUAUGUCACAAUUGAGUGAAAGUGAAAUAGUCGAAGUACCUGAAUGGGAACAGAAAUCUUCAGUAACUGCUAACAAAACAGAAGCAGAUGACAGUUCUACUGAGAAACAUGCAGAAGUAGUACUGCCUGAUGGUACAAUGGUAACUGCUAAACAAAUCAACC